GACUGCCGAUUGGUAAAGUGUUCUUUGAUCGGUAUAUAUACGGAAAUUUUUCUCCCAGACAGCACAGUUCUUCGGCGUCUUUUCUGUAGAUCUAACUAGAUCAACUUGUAGUACAAGUCGCAAGCGGUUCUUCGAUUAGUGGAAAUGGCAUUCAAAUUCGUUGCUCUGUUUGCUCUGCUAGCUGUUGCUGCUGCCCAGCACUACGAUCCCCAUUACUAUCAUCAACCACAGUACCAACAUCAGCCACAGUACCAUGCUCAGCCAGCUCUGGUGAAAACUGUUCAACCUGCUUUGGUUAAGACUCUGCAGCCGGCUUUGGUCAAAACUGUGAAGCACGUUGAAUAUCCUGAUACUCCUGCUGAAUAUCAGUUCCAGUACUCUGUUCAUGAUGAACAGACCGGAGACAUCAAGAGCCACCAGGAGGAACGUCAUGGAGAUAACGUGAAGGGAGUUUACACUUUGGUUGACGCUGAUGGAUUCCGCCGAGUGGUCGAAUACACCUCGGAUGAACACUCUGGUUUUAACGCUGUUGUCCGUCGUGAGCCUCUUGAGGGACACCACGCUGUUAAGGCCGUUGCCCCAGUUGCCAAGUUUGUUGCCCCAGUUGCCAAAGUUGUAGCUCCAGUUGCCUACGCUGCUGCCCCGGUCCACCAUUAUCAACCAGCCCCAGUCCAGCGUCUGCACUACCAACCAGCCCAGGUCCAACACUACCAGCCAGCCCAGGUCCAGCACUAUCAGCCAGCCCCAGUCAAGGUCUACACUGCCCCUGCUGUAGCCAAGGUUGCCGUUCCGGCUGUUGCUAAGGUCGCUGUCCCAGUUGCCAAGGUAGCUUAUGCUCCUCAUCAUGAUGCCACCAACCAUGUGCAGUUCAGCGGAUUGUCUUCCAACUACCACUAUUAAAUCGCUUGCCACCGAGAUUGAACGAUUGAACGAUGAUAUUAGCGCCAUAACUUCUACUCUUUGAUUGCAUAAAGAUGGGAGUGUUAACUAGUUGUAUAUAAAUGUAUAUAGUCAUUAUAGUUACAAACGAAUGAAGUGAAUAUAGACGAUGAAAGCUAUCAAA